GUCGCUUUCGACCUGACUGCUCAUGUCGGCAUUACAUUGUCCGCGUGUGUCUUUGUAUAGGAAUGAUUUCAUUCCUUUACUUGCCAUUCCAAUUGGAACUGUUAACUAGCAGCCAUACCCAGAUAGAAUCAAUCACCCUCUCAGUCCCAGCAGUUUCACUUCCACAGUUUUAGCAAUGCUAGCACCUAUAGCAAUUGCAGUGACAGUCGGUUUUAUCGGAUGGGCCUAUCACUCGUUGAAGCCCCCACCUCCAAAGAUAUGCGGGUCCCGCAAUGGCCCUCAAAUCACUUCCCCGAGGAUCAAACUGAGUGAUGGAAGGCAUUUGUCUUAUAGGGAAAUGGGAGUUCCAAAGGAAGAGGCCAAGUACAAGAUUAUAGUAAUUCAUGGGUUUGACAUCUCCAAAGAUAUUACUUUACCCGUUUCUCAGGAACUUAUCGAGGAGCUAAGGAUAUACUUUCUUUUCUUCGAUAGAGCCGGAUACGGAGAGAGUGACCCGAACCCGUCACGAACUGUGAAAAGUGAAGCAUUUGAUAUUCAAGAACUAGCCGACCAGUUGCAGAUUGGGCCUCGAUUUUACAUAAUUGGGAUCUCCAUGGGAGCUUACCCUGCUUGGAGUUGCCUUAAAUACAUUCCUCAUAGAUUAUCGGGGGCUGCUUUGGUGGUCCCAUUUGUACACUAUUGGUGGCCUUCUUUCCCCACUCAGCUGUCGAGAGAGGCGCUCCGGAAGCUUCCCGUGCCAGAUCAGUGGACGUUUCGGGUCGCUCAUUUCGCUCCAUGGUUGCUUCACUGGUGGAUGACUCAGAAAUGGUUCACUUCAUUGAGUAUUAUGGCAGGAAAUAUGGAACUCUUCAGCCCCUCUGAUCACGAGAUUCUCAAGAAGUGGAUGGAAAAUCCGGAUCCCAAUCAGGUUUGCUGAAUGUUCACCAAUUACUUUGUGCAGCAAAAGGUACGACAACAAGGCCUCCAUGAAUGUCUUGUUCGGGACCUCAUAGCUAGUUACGGGAAAUGGGAGUUCAGUCCACUGGACGUGGAAAACCCUUUCCCGGACGGUCAAGUAUCAGUUCACAUAUGGCAGAGCUGUGAAGAUCGAAUCAUUCCACUCAAAAUAAACCGCUAUAUUUCUGAGAAGCUCCCUUGGAUUCGGUAUCACGAGAUUCCAGAUAGAGGACACUUGCUGAUCUUUGAGAACCAUUUCUGUGAGGCCAUACUGAGGGCACUUUUGUUGGAGUAACAUAUAAGCUGCCUUGAUCUGUGGUAAGCCAGUCUUAUGAUGGUACUAUGUAUGGCGACGUCUCAAUGUUUAAGAGUUGUGCAACUGCUUGUAGCAUAUGAUGUAUCUUAGAAUAUAAUAUGAACAGUAACUUCAAAAACAGAUGCCAAUAACACGGGAAUGAUUUCCCAUUAUUUGAUA